GCAACCAGAAUAUAUUAGACAAGCCUAUACCACAGUAAAGGGCUGUAUCCUUGUGCUUAAAAUUGCUAGACGCAACGGAAAAAACGAACGCUGGUGUCUCCACUCUCGAGGCACAAUUUUAGACCUUCAUCUAGCGAAUGUUUACAUAGAAAAAUAAUUGAAAAACCGGGCCGGUGGACUCAAGAACAUGCUCGGUGUGAAUGGCCCCAGAGAGUAUUUAACAGUGACGGGCCACUUCUAUUAAAGUGAAUGGGAGAAAUGGGAACGGUCAACGGAUGUUAAGUAAAGGAGCCUUGUGGAUACAGACAUCGCCUGUCAACUCGAGAAUGCGCAUGCGUAUUAGCUAUACAAGUUGGGAAAAUUGCGUUAUUAGCGUAAUUUGAGAUAAAUAAGCACAUUUUAUGACCAUAUUUUAAUGCUGAUUUGAACUAUGUUUAUCGUAAUCUUAACCAACAGUUUUGGAGAUUUCGAUCUUUCCUCAUUUAAGUAGACAGCAACUGCUCUUGAAUGCCGCUUGUUUACAUAGAACAUUAGCUUGCACGAGAGCGUUCCAAAGAUGGGCGACAGUGAACAGACUUUUCUUUUUUCAUGCCAAACGUCUUACAUAAAAUUGUGUCAAAAAUUACAGGACAAGAACAGUAAAAAAAAAAAAUUAUAAAAAAAUACAACAAUUAUCAAAUAAAAAACCCAAAAGCCAGAGGGAGAAAAGAUUAAACAAUGAAAGCAUUUUUUUUUUUACUUUUCAAGGAUUUUUUGUUUUUUAUGCCCAUCAAAGACAUAAUAUAGAAGCAAUAGCGGAUUCUUACCCCAAAAUUUUCAUUUGUGUAUUAAAAAUUUACCAAGUAUAAUAAAGAAUUUGCAUUGUUAUAAAGAAAAAUAAUAUUAUAAGUGUUUAUACAUAUUUUGACAUUUGUUUUUUCUGAGAGAUAGGUACAUAGCUCGUUCCAAAAGGAUUUAACACAAAAACAUUCACUAAAAAGAUGAACAAUCGUCUCUUCUAUGUCACAGAAAGUGCAUUUCUUCUCAAUAUUUUGAAUAUAUGGAAUCUGCUAUUACAAGGAUAGCAUCUAUGUAAUAUUUUAAACGUGACCUCUUUUAUCUUAUUUCUUAAUAGAUAUUUAUGGGGAAGAGACCAGACCAAAUUCCAAUUAACACUGUAUAGCAUCAUCCAUUGAAAUGAAGAUGCUGGAAUCUGCUGAUAUGAUUGCGAACAAAGAUUUGUCAUCAGUAAUAAGAAUUCCUUCUAUUGAAAUAGAAGUGUUAUUCAGAGAAAUAGUAUUGGUUUGCUCUCCUUUCAGAAGAAUUUUUAUACCACUAGGAAUAGCGUUGACUACAAUAUUAUACUCUUUUUAAUGACACCCACAAAUCUAAUUUAAUGGAGAAUUCUGAAAAAGAAUAAAACUGACCAUUGUCAUCUAUCAACUGAUUAACAAUAUAGAUAUUAAUUAAAUACCAUCUCUCAAAAAAUAAUGAUUUAUUUCUGAAAGUAAUAUUUUGAUUAUUCCAAAUAAAACAACGGUGAGGUGAACAAUUAAGUGUGUAAACCAUGACAGUAAUGCCUGUUGGAUACAUUUUGUUAAUUUAAUGGGUAGUUUACCAAUUGAGAGGGGGCACUGUAUCAAAAAAUGCAAUUCCUCCAAUUUUAUUAAAAACAAAAUUAGGAAAUAUGUUCCAUAUAGAGUCUGUAUUUUUGAUGAAUCUUUUUAUCCAAGUUACUUUUAAAACAUGGUUGAAUAGGGUAAUUUCAACAACUCCAAGACCUCCAUUAUUAAUGUUAUUUUUUAGAACGUCUUUUUUGAUUUUGUGUGGUUUAUUUUUCCAAAGGAAAUGAUAUUAUAAUUGAUCUAAUGAGGAACAUGAUGACUUAGGAAAAUCCAUUACAGAAAAGAGAUAAGAAACUCUUGCUAGACCCUCUGCCUUUGAUAAUAAUGCUAGACCAGCGAGAGACAAAUCUCUCGCCAGCCAUGAAUUUAACUUCUUUUUAAUCACAUCUUUAACGGGAGACAGUGAACAGACUAGAUAGACUUUGGCCCCGCUAACCAACGUCCGAAUUUCAGCCAAUCACUCGCGAACAUCAAUCAACGUAGUUAAUAUUCAUGAGUGAACUGUUCAUCAGGGUAGGAUUGGUAAUUUUGUCACCCGGAAAUAAAAUGUAGAAAUGUUUGUUGGCGCUUUUCGUUUAAAUCUUGAAUGUUUGGUUUUGUUUGUGAUGACCAGGCACUGCGAUGGAGUCUGAACGCAAACCGGCACAUGGCAACACAAACAUAGAUUUUAUUCAAAGCAGUGACGAUGACCCUCUCAUUUAUGGGCCACACCUAUCCCUAGAUGCUCUGGAAUCAGCAAUCAAGAGAGAGUUUCAGAGACUGCCCACUCAUUGGGCAGUGGGCAUACUGUCAUUUUUACAUAUGGUGUAUGUGGUGUUGUGUAUUGUAAUCGCAGUAUUCUGCUGGGUAUCUAAUGAGCACUCUGCUGAGUGCACUGCUGCAUUGCAGGGGACUGACUCUAAGACUGUCGUGUUGCUGGGGAAAGUUGGACUGUGGGUGCUGGUCUUUAUAUAUGUUAGAUUUGUCCAGCAUCACCAUAGUGCUUUGAGACGGAGAGGUUACCUGGACUUCUACAGGAUGACAAGAGGAAUAAAGAACCUUCCCCUGCUCAUUCACUCUGCAGGGAAUGCAGCAGUCCUGACUGUAAUUGCUCCAUCCUCUUUGCUGGAUGCAAGGGUGAAGAAUCUGUCUGUAUAUCUCCUGCUGUCCAUCAUCUGUCUGGAGCUACUGUUUACCGUUAUAUGCCUUCUUAGAUACACAGUGCAUGUGGUAAAGUUUAAUCGCAAGAAGCCACAUCCUGAUGUGAAUGAAGAGGAGCAAUCUCAUGGCUGCUCCACUGAUGUGCAUACCGAGACAGGUUUCAGGGACGGCUCCAGUCUGGAGGAACUGGUCGAAAAGCAGGCAGACCAGAUUGAUUAUCUCAAACAGCACAACAGUCAUCUGAGCAAGAGAAUCCUCAGCCUGACCGGCCAGCAGACCAGCGACUGACAUCCAGAGAGGAAGACAGAGACUCAGGACUGUUAGUGGGCAUGAUGGGUUCUGAAGUGAUGCGUGUGUGUGCGAGUGUGCGUGUGUCUAUACUGACGGAAAUUGGCAGCCGCGGCUGACUGAUCAGAAGGCUUUUGGUGGGAAAUGAACCCUGGUAACCUCUCUAACAACACUCAUGUUUCUAUGAUAGCAAGUCUAACUAAGACAAUGGCUGCAAUUAGGAAGUCAAAAACUUCUGUAGAAAUGUUCACUAAAGAUGUUCAUUAUGAUUUUUUGAGUUGCACAAUCUGAUAAAUUCAAAAACGUCAUUAUCUUACGUGUGUGUGUGUGUGUGUGUGUGUGUGUGUGUGUGUGUGUGUGUGUGUGUGUGUGUGUGUGUGUGUGUGUGUGUGUGUGUGUGUG